AUGUCCUCAGACACUCCUCAGACAGUUCCUCCACCGUUUGCCAAGUGGCCAGAAGAUGCGGAAAUAAAGACGUUCAAGGGCCGCUGCCACUGCGGCAAGAUCACCUUCGAGUUUGAUCAUCCCGCGCUUGAAGUCCAAAAACCCACGUCGUGCAAUUGUACCAUGUGUACACGCACUGGCGGUAUCUAUAUCUACGGUCCAGAAAGUACACUACGCGUCACCAGAGACGAACCAGCGGGAUUUAUCAGCAAGUCAGGGCGCGCUCACCACCGUUUCUGCCCGAGCUGUGGCAACAUGGUGUUUUGGACUGGAAUGGGACGUGCUGGUGCCAAUGUCCGCAUGUUUGAUGAGGUGGAGAUGGAGAAGCUUCAAGUUGGAACUUUUGAUGGCAGGCACCUUCUUUGA